UUGCUUCACCUCCCCGUAUGUACGUGUGCCCAACCCAUACAUCCCGAUGCAUGCUCUACUUGUAUGCUGCAUUAGGCUAGGAGCUCGCCCGAGCAUGGCUUUUGCCAAGGUGCGACGUGCUCAAGCACUCGCGUCGUCGCCAUCGAUCCCAUUGAACAGUUCAGUGAGGAACAAGCGCAUGAUCUACCGUGAUCUUGAUUUGCCGUCUCAUUAUUGACGUAUCCUGAAGCUCCAACCGCUGGGAUGACGAGCAUCUGGCAUCUGGCUAACAUUAGCCAGCUCGAUUUCGCUGCAUCAGCUACGCUGCUCGCUCUUGCAGCAAGAAAGCAGUCGGUUUCAGCCCCUGAACAGCCUGAUAUUGAGUGCAGCGAUGGGAGCGAUUCCGAGUAUGAAGAAGACGAAGGAGAGGAGGAGUUUGCCACCUCAAGACCGACCGCACGGCUGACUGAGAUCCCCCGAGAUGCACUCAUAGAUAAGUUCCUAAAUCGAUUGAGUGAAGUCUUUUCCCGUGAGAAGUCGUCGCCUCAAAGCAAAGGUCGGCAGGACUCGAAACACAUUACAGCGGCAGCUUGGAUCAAGCCGAACGAUGAAUCCUCGCUCACCAUAAUCUAUGCAAAGAAUGAAGGUCCCGACGAUCGUGAUCGGCAAAUGUCAUCUCGACUUCAGUCGUGGCUCCGGGCUAUUGCAGCGAGUGGCCGAACUCCGCCAAUGAGGACUGACAAAAUCUGGUCCGGUGACCUUGGGCUUGUCGAUUAUACUCGUCGUCGAUUGUGGUAUCACAUAUCACAGAUUAAUCAGCAAUCACAACUGAUGGAUGCGCUGGCAGAACGAUCAGGUAUCUACGGCUCAAUCGUCAUCUGUCUGCAGUGUCUCUGCGGGAACGCUACCGUGGACUCGACAGUACAGCAGCUCAGCGAUAUCGUGAAUGUGGCACAUAUGUUGCGUUUCGUUUGGCACGAGUUCAAAGAGGAUGUGAAGCACACAAAAGUAUUGAAGAGCAUCAACAUGCUUCGGCGACUCCGAGCAGCAUACGAAUGCUUCACAUCCACGGCGCUUACCUUUGAAGAGAUGUCGGCGGUGGAAGUAACACCUGCAUGUCUUCCACAUACCGAAGAAAUAGACACGACCCGAUUUCGAAAGCGCCUUCGGGAGCUUGCUGGGCAGCUCCGUCUGCCAAAAGGGCUGCUCAAAACCAGCGAUGCGCAGAGUUACAUGGGAACCUCCAAACUGCACAUUCACGCAGAGAUGCAGAUACUCGUGGGUCUAGCCAAGGACUCUGACUGGUUCAGACGUUCCCAUCGAUAUAUUGGUACCAGCAAGAAGCUCUGUUUCUUGUGCAACGAGAUUCUGCACAACUACAGCGCAAUCUCUCUGGAAGGUCCACGACGACAGACUUUCAAGGCGCGGGAGUCUCAUCGAAAAGUCUACCCACUCUGGACACUGCCUCAGAGCACAGUUGCGCCAUGUGUUGCUAGUCUAGCUAUGGCAACCGCUAUGCGCCGUGCACAUGACGAGAUUAAGCGAGAGCUGCAGUGUGGACCGACCUUGCAGCCUGCAAUUGCAGAGUCCUCUGCAGGUGCUACCGACAUUGCCUCAAUCACUGGUGUACCCACCGUUGCAAAGCAGUACGUGGCCGACCAGCGUUCGUCGUAUUUCUCGGAGAGGAGGGACAGUCUCGAACCCCCAGUCACACUAGGACGAAAGGUCAAGUCAGUGAAAGUCGGGCUUCUACCGGCGGAUGGAUCGGCGCCGAGACUGACCCAGAUCAGCUUCUUCCGACUGCCAGAGAAACCAGACCAUAGGAUUCAAGAGAGUGGAUUUGAUCUUGUACCAUCUUUCCAUGACUCUUGGGGGCAAGAUCAGUUUGAUCGACGAUUUACACAUCUAGAAGUUCGAUGUCAAGACUUGAAAGAAACGGAAGGUGACUAUCGACUUUACUGGAACGAAAACCACGAACUGCCCGAAAACAAGAACAUCAAACGACUUCUGAGCAUUGAGACGGUCGAUGGUUUUAGACGAUUCUGGCACGGCGAUGUCUUUAUCGUGCGAUUCUCAGAAGACGCCAAAGCCUUUGCCUAUGAUGUUCAUGAUGCGCCGCUUGCCAUCUUUAGUCAUUGCAGCCUGCAGACAAUAUUCCAAAAUAUGUGGGAGCAGCACUACCUGGAGAGUGUCUCAGAACAGGAUCGUUAUUCCGGGGCACAGUCUGAGAAACUAGAAGCGGACAAAGCUAUUAUUUUGGAAAGAAUGACACCCAUGGAGAAGAGCAUACUCAGUCGUCUACCGCCCAGCACUCUCGAAUAUCUUGCGACUACAGGCUGUGAUGAUGGCGCGUUGGAAGACUCUCGUAUCGAGCACGACCCUCGGGAUCCGACCGUGGUGCGAAUCAGUGUUCGGACGAAGGAGACGGCCCUAGACUCCAUGGGUUGGGAGGGGUUCUGCAGUUCUCAGUUGACCAAUGUCGCUCAGAGCCCAAGUAAAGCUAAGCGCUCGUGACUGGUCCUCGGCUGUAAAGUAGACGGAAGGGAGGCUGCUCGGCGAGAGGAACCAGAUUGGAUGACCUGGUAGAUCGGACAGGAUGGUACGCGUAGUCCGGGCGUGGGGGACGGAGAGCCGCGCGCAGCCUGAUUGGCCACGCCGAGUCCGCGCUAACGGGCGUACUUUCCGCUCGUAUAUUCACUUACUCAAUCACUUCUGAU